ACGUCGCUACACGUCACGAGUGGUACGAUAUUUUCGAACGCCACGAUUAGUCGCCCCGAACCACGUGAUAUAAUUUGAUCGAAUACACCUCCUACUAAGAAGCCAAUGGGAAGUCAAGUUUACGUGACGUGUACUACGUCGCAGACUGGGAUGAAGUGUUUAAUGUCGGAACACGAAUGAAUUAACUUCAGAACCGGCUCGGGGUUUGUUAUUAAAUUUAAAAAUUAAUCCGUAAUUUGUAUCGUUUGGUGAUUAUUAUAACUAAUUCAGUUGACGGAGAAGUUAUAAGCGUUGAAGGAUGGACUAUCUCCAGUACGUUGGUGGCAUAAUAGGAGCAACUGCAAUUGCGAGUGCUGCAGGUGCGGCGGCAUUAUACUACAUGAAUUCCCCAAAUCCCAUUGUUCCGCCUGUCGAUCUGAACAGACAGUCGAUAGAGCAGCCGGAUGGAGCACGUUUAUCUUGUCUCUGCAAAAAUGGCAAACUCUUUGAAUAUCUUUACGAUGAUGUUAAAACGAUGUAUGAACUGAUGCGUAGAGGAGCAAGAGUAUCCAAUAAUGGUCCCUGUCUUGGAUGGAGGCCUUCCAAAGAUAGUCCGUAUAAAUGGCUUUCAUAUAAUGAGGUGUUAACAAAAGCUGGAAAUUUUGGUUCUGGUUUAGUUCAUAUAGGUGUGAAGCCAGGUCAAGACACAUUUAUAGGAAUUUAUUCUCAAAAUUCUGUAGAGUGGAUUUUAACAGAGCAUGCUUGUUAUCAUAUAUCAGCUAUAAUUGUUCCUUUAUACGAUACCCUUGGAACUGAAGCGUGUACUUUUAUUGUUAAUGAAACUGAAAUAAAAACAGUUGUAUGUGAUAAAGAAGAAAAAGUAAAAACUAUAUUAGCAGAAGCAGAUAAAACACCGGGAUUAAAACAAAUUAUUACUACAGUGAAAAUAUCGGAUGAAACAAAAGCAACUGCUGAAAGAUACAAAAUACAGCUGUAUAGCUUCAGUGAAAUUGAGGUAAAUUUUUUAAUAAAGGUUCAGGCAACAGUAAGUGGAAGUUUUGCAAAAAAGUUUCUUUUAAAUUUUGCAAUGAAAAGAAAGCAGUCAGAAUUGAAACGAUUGGUUAUCAGGAAUAAUUCAGCUUGGGAUUUUGUAUUUAAACAAGUGAGAGAAGGUAUGGGAGGAAGGCUUAGAUUGCUGGUUUGUGGAUCGGCACCAUUGGCUAGCAACGUGUUAACCUUUAUUAGAUGUGCUCUUGGAUGUGUUGUUGUAGAGGGAUAUGGUCAAACUGAAGGUGUUGCACCAUGUACUUUAACAGUUCACGGAGAUUAUACAGCUGGACAUGUUGGACCACCAAUACCAUGCUGCAAAAUUAAAUUGGUUGAUGUUCCUGAAAUGGAAUAUUAUGCUUCAGAGAACAAGGGUGAAGUAAGGAAAAAUUUUUGUUUUAAAUUAUAUAAUUAGGGUUAAAAAUU